CCGGCCGCGUCCUCCGGGCAUGGAAGGAGGUGGCAAGCCCAACUCUUCGUCUAACAGCCGGGACGAUGGCAACAGCGUCUUCCCCGCCAAGGCGUCCGCGACGGGCGCGGGGCCGGCCGCGGCCGAGAAACGCUUGGGCACCCCGCCGGGGGGCGGCGGGGCCGGCGCGAAGGAGCACGGCAACUCCGUGUGCUUCAAGGUGGACGGCGGCGGCGGAGGAGGCGGCGAGGAGCCGGCUGGGGGCUUUGAGGACGCCGAGGGGCCCCGGCGGCAGUACGGCUUCAUGCAGAGGCAGUUCACCUCCAUGCUGCAACCCGGAGUCAACAAAUUCUCCCUCCGCAUGUUUGGGAGCCAGAAGGCGGUGGAAAAGGAGCAGGAAAGGGUUAAAACUGCAGGCUUCUGGAUUAUCCACCCUUACAGUGAUUUCAGGUUUUAUUGGGAUUUAAUAAUGCUUAUAAUGAUGGUUGGAAAUCUAGUCAUCAUACCAGUUGGAAUCACAUUCUUUACAGAGCAAACAACAACACCAUGGAUUAUUUUCAAUGUGGCAUCAGAUACAGUUUUCCUACUGGACCUGAUCAUGAAUUUUAGGACUGGAACUGUCAACGAAGACAGUUCUGAAAUCAUCCUGGACCCCAAAGUGAUCAAGAUGAAUUAUUUAAAAAGCUGGUUUGUGGUUGACUUCAUCUCAUCCAUCCCAGUGGAUUAUAUCUUUCUUAUUGUAGAAAAAGGAAUGGAUUCAGAAGUUUACAAGACAGCCAGGGCACUUCGCAUUGUGAGGUUUACAAAAAUUCUCAGUCUCUUGCGUUUAUUACGACUUUCAAGGUUAAUUAGAUACAUACAUCAGUGGGAAGAGAUAUUCCACAUGACGUAUGAUCUUGCCAGUGCAGUGGUGAGAAUUUUUAAUCUCAUCGGCAUGAUGCUGCUCCUGUGUCACUGGGAUGGUUGUCUUCAGUUCUUAGUACCACUACUGCAGGACUUCCCACCAGAUUGCUGGGUGUCUUUAAAUGAAAUGGUUAAUGAUUCUUGGGGAAAGCAGUAUUCAUACGCACUCUUCAAAGCUAUGAGUCACAUGCUGUGCAUUGGGUAUGGAGCCCAAGCCCCAGUCAGCAUGUCUGACCUCUGGAUUACCAUGCUGAGCAUGAUCGUCGGGGCCACCUGCUAUGCCAUGUUUGUCGGCCAUGCCACUGCUUUAAUCCAGUCUCUGGAUUCUUCUAGGCGGCAGUAUCAAGAGAAGUAUAAGCAAGUGGAACAAUACAUGUCAUUCCAUAAGUUACCAGCUGAUAUGCGUCAGAAGAUACAUGAUUACUAUGAACACAGAUACCAAGGCAAAAUCUUUGAUGAGGAAAAUAUUCUCAAUGAACUCAAUGAUCCUCUGAGAGAGGAGAUAGUCAACUUCAACUGUCGGAAACUGGUGGCUACAAUGCCUUUAUUUGCUAAUGCGGAUCCUAAUUUUGUGACUGCCAUGCUGAGCAAGUUGAGAUUUGAGGUGUUUCAACCUGGAGAUUAUAUCAUACGAGAAGGAGCCGUGGGUAAAAAAAUGUAUUUCAUUCAACAUGGUGUUGCUGGUGUCAUUACAAAAUCCAGUAAAGAAAUGAAGCUGACAGAUGGCUCUUACUUUGGAGAGAUUUGCCUGCUGACCAAAGGACGUCGUACUGCCAGUGUUCGAGCUGAUACAUAUUGUCGUCUUUACUCACUUUCUGUGGACAAUUUCAACGAAGUCCUGGAGGAAUAUCCAAUGAUGAGGAGAGCCUUUGAGACAGUUGCCAUUGACCGACUAGAUCGAAUAGGAAAGAAAAAUUCAAUUCUUCUGCAAAAGUUCCAGAAGGAUCUGAACACUGGUGUUUUCAACAAUCAGGAGAACGAAAUCCUCAAGCAGAUUGUGAAACAUGACAGGGAGAUGGUGCAGGCAAUCGCUCCCAUCAAUUAUCCUCAAAUGACAACCCUGAAUUCCACAUCGUCAACUACGACCCCGACCUCCCGCAUGAGGACACAAUCUCCACCAGUGUACACAGCGACCAGCCUAUCUCACAGCAACCUGCAUUCCCCCAGUCCCAGCACACAGACCCCCCAGCCAUCAGCCAUCCUUUCACCCUGCUCCUACACCACCGCCGUCUGCAGCCCUCCUGUACAGAGCCCUCUGGCCGCUCGAACUUUCCACUACGCCUCCCCCACCGCCUCCCAGCUGUCACUCAUGCAACAGCAGCCUCAGCAGCAGGUACAGCAGUCCCAGCCGCCGCAGACUCAGCCACAGCAGCCGUCUCCGCAGCCACAGACACCUGGCAGCUCCACGCCGAAAAACGAAGUGCACAAGAGCACGCAGGCGCUUCACAACACCAACCUGACCCGGGAAGUCAGGCCCCUCUCCGCCUCGCAGCCCUCGCUGCCCCAUGAGGUGUCCACUCUGAUUUCCAGACCUCAUCCCACUGUGGGCGAGUCCCUGGCCUCCAUCCCUCAACCCGUGACGGCGGUCCCCGGAACGGGCCUUCAGGCAGGGGGCAGGAGCACUGUCCCGCAGCGCGUCACCCUCUUCCGACAGAUGUCGUCGGGAGCCAUCCCCCCCAACCGAGGAGUCCCUCCAGCACCCCCUCCACCAGCAGCUGCUCUUCCGAGAGAGUCUUCCUCAGUCUUAAACACAGACCCAGACGCAGAAAAGCCACGAUUUGCUUCAAAUUUAUGAUCCCUGCUGAUUGUCAAAGCAGAAAGAAAUACUCUCAUAAACUGAGACUAUACUCAGAUCUUAUUUUAUUCUAUCUCCUGAUAGAUCCCUCUAGCCUACUAUGAAGAGAUAUUUUAGACAGCUCUGGCCUACACGUGAAAUGUAAAAUAUAUAUACAUAUACUAUAAAAUAUAUAUCUAAAUUCUCAAGAGAGGGUCAAAAGACCUGUUUAGCAUUCAGUGUUAUAUGUCUUCCUUUCUUUAAAUCAUUAGAGGAUUUAAAAUGUUGUUGUAAGAUUAUUUAUUUCUAACCUACUUUUACUUAAGUCCUUUGAUAUGUAUAUUUCUCUGUUUUAUGAAGAGUUCUUGGAUUCAAUGGAAACAAAACUGAUUUUAAAAAAGGCAACUCAAAUGAGCUAGCAAAUAGCACCAAUCAAAACUUUCUUUCAUUAGCUGUGACUGUGCAUCUAAAUUGUUAAUCAUUAAUCAUGAAGAAUUAAAUAACAAAUCCCAUUUUAUAGAUCUAAAUUGUAUUUCGGUGCUUUCAAUUUCGAAUUAGGUUAAAGACUGCACUACUUGCUUGGCCACUGUAGGAGACUAGCAUUGCCACUGUUAAGAAUAUCACUAACCUCCUACUUCGGAGGCUGAGGCAGGAGAAUGGCUUGAACCCAGGAGGCGGAGCUUGCAGUGAGCAGAGAUAGCGCCACUGCACUCGAGCCUGGGCGACAGAGCGAGACUCCGUCUCAAAAAAAAAAAAAAAAAAAAAAGAAAGAAAGAAAAAAGAAAAGAGUAUCACUAACCUCAAACAUGUUCAUUGAUCUUUCAGAAAGCUGAGGGAAAAUUAAUAUUUGUCUUCAUGUGUUAUCGGACUUUUACCAAGACUCGAUCAAUGUUAGUUGUAAAUAACUUUUUCAACCCAAAUAAAAAUAGCUAUUCUGUGUUGUAUGAAGCUAAAAGUCAUUGUUUAAGAGUUUAGUUUUAUCGCUUCACUUCAAAACUUAGAGUUUUAAAUUUCACAAAAUCUGAUUGUGAGAAUUAUUCAAUUGUAAUGCAAUGGCUUGAAACCUACAAUAUUAUUUUAACCUGCAAUGUUUUAUGCAAAAUUGUAUGCUCGAAUCUACAACUUGCUUGUAUUACACCAAAAAUCAUUAUUUUUCUUUCUUCUUGCCAUAAUCAAGCAUCUGAAAAUAGUCCCUGCAUGCUUCUGGGGAAAAAAAAAAAAAAUAGGUUCAAAUCAGCCAUUGUAGGGAAAGGCUUACAGUAUUUCUCGUUUCUAGAAAAGCAUAACAAUUCAUUAAUUGCCUCUCUUAUAAUUCCUAUAAGGCUGACUUGGAUCUCUGACUUAAGUCUAGAAGUGAGGUUUUCACUUUUAUUUAAUAUUAUUGCUAUUAUUAUUUAAAUAAUUAUUUGUAAACCACAGCUUGAUUUGGAGUUAAGUAUUGUCUAUGUCUUCACUGUAGCUGGUAAUUUACUAUGGUGUUAAUUUAAAGAAAUAAAUUCAAUACAGCAUCACGUCUGUUUGGGAACACACAUUUUGCUCUAUGUAUAUUGUAACUAAAUGGUUAGUAAACUUUAAGGCAUGUGGUGACUAAUGUAGCCCUUAGAUAGGAGGUUUGUCCUUUUUUAAUGUGUUGAAAAUAGUACAGACAUGGUGGCAGAAAGCAGGGGUAAAGUUGAAUGUCUGUGAGCAUUGUUUGUCUAUUUUCUUAACUCUUUCCAUGAUCUGUGAGCACCUGCUUCUUCUCAAAGAACUCCCUUAGUAAUCAUUUGUGCCUAAUGCAUCCCACACAUGUGGCGUAUGACUGGAACACAAUUGAAAGAUACCUAAUAACUGGCUUCUGUAAAUAACCCAAGUUAACAGCAUGACGUAAGUGUAGGUCUUCAGUAUCUCUGGCAUUGGCAAUACAUUUAAGAACAUACAGAGAUUACACAUUAUAUGGGGCAGGGCCUGCAGAUAGACUUGAGGACAGAAAACAAAAACAAAAGCAAAAACUCUAAAGUGAAUCCUUGCUGCCUGUUAUGCCUUUUGCGGAUAUAAUACCUAUAAUACCCAAAUGAGUUGUUAUGUUUAAUUUCAAACAAAUACCAAUUUGUGUGGAAGUAAUUAACAAUGCUAGUUAAUGUAAUGUAAUCAUCAGUAUGCUGGUGACAUAUGAUGGAUGUCAGGAAUACUGUUGUAAGAAAGGGAUUGUUCAGUCUACCUAGAACCUAUGGGAAAGCUGCAAGACCAUUUACAUAUCAGUAUAAAACUCCUUUAUUUUAUUAAAAUAUGAGAGUUAACUUCAAUUUAUUAAGAGUAUGUAUUGGUCCUUUAAAUUAUUAAAGGUUUACAUUUGAUAGGAUUAAUGGAUUUGGUAGUGAAAUAUUUUUAUAUAUAUAAAUUUUUGGUUUUUUAUUUUGAGCACUAUUGGGAAAAAUAAGCAAAAUUGAAAUGCAUGGUCUUUCAGUGCAACCAUACAAUUUUUAUUCACUUUGUAAUAGAAUGGACAAAAAAACUAAGGUUUAUAUGUUAAACUAAUAAAAUGGUACAGGGUAAAUUAUAUACAUAUAUGUAUGAAUGUAUAUAUACUUAGAUUAAGAAAAAAAAAUGACUCACAUUCCUGUAAUAUAAAGGUCCAUUGCUAGUUGAAAAGUGACCUCUUUUCUCUGUACAUAGUGAAGCCUGUACGUAUGGAGUUUUAAUCUGUACAGAAAGAAAUGUAUUAUUGAUUGGUCUUUCUCCUGCUGGGAAGAUAAUAGAAUAGCUUAUUCUUACAACAAUUGUAUGAUCAGGGAUGAGUUAGAGUAUUUCUUUUGUCUUUGCUCAAAGCCAUACAUAUAUAAAUAUAUAUAAAGAUUAUUAAUAAAUUCAACAAAAAAUAAA